CGCGAGUAUAGAGCCCAGAGGAGUUGAGAGGCGGUGACCUCAUCGUCUUCGCGAGGCGGAGCGAACCGCUGCAACUUUAGAUGAACUUCUGAUUUGAACAUACCGAGAGGCGGUCGGCGGAGUGCACGACAACAUUAGACGUGGAAAAGGUGAACAGAUACGAAGUAUUUACAGCCUGUUCGUUUUAUCUUUACCGGCCGUGGCGGUGUUUGUACGCAGGUGACUGACCAACGAGAGUGUUAUUUUUCUCUCUUAAACGCCGACAAGGUGGAAAUUCAUAAAGGGAAACCUCUUCUGACAACAGUCACACACAGGAUUAAAGGAAGACCUAUCCUGGUCAUUGUUCAUCACAGCUGGAUGGAGUUGGCUCUCUGAUCUAAAGAAAACCGUUACUACUUGAGUUCCUGAGUUGGUCGUGUCCAGACUGAACUGAGUUCUCGUCUAGUAUGGUUGCAAUGGAGACUGCUUUUUAGAGACUUCAGCUGUGAAAGUUCACCAUUAACACAUUUCUGUUCAUCAAGUUUCUUCAAGCAUCAAAUGUAUUUGUGAAACUCUCAUCACUUCAGUCAGUGGGCAUUAUGCUGACCAUAAUCUAAACCCAUCAGCAACCCACCCCUACCUUUUUCCAUCCAUCUUCCCUCCCCACACCCUUUCCCAUCUCCAUCAUGACCAGUCUGAAGCGUUCUCAGACAGAGCGCUCGGUUGGGGGCUCAGUUCCGGCUUCUGAUGAGUUUUAUACCCGCCGCCUGCGAUUGCCCAAUGGAGGGGCACCACCACCCCGCAGUGAGAGCGCCCAUAUCUCCUCUUCCUCGACCACUGGCACCAACCCCGGCGUUCCCAAGAUGGGGGUUCGUGCCCGUGUGGCGGAUUGGCCCCCAAGGAAAGAUGGGGGAGGAGGGGGGGUUUGGCAUAUCACUGUGGAAACGGACUCCCCUAGCUCUACAAACACCACUAGCUCUUCAGGAUCAGGAAGUGGAGAUAGAGAAAGGCUUGGAGGAGGAGGAGGGGGAGGUGGUGGAGGAGGAGGAGGAGGAGGAGGAGGAGGAGGAGGAGGAGUUGUAGGUGGUGGUGGUGGAGGAGGAGGAGUUGGUGGUGGCAGUGGAGGAGGAGGGGUGUCAGCCGUCACAGCCCACAGCAAUCUGUCAGCCAAGCUGGGCCACUUGAUAAGCCCACAGGACUCAUCCAUGCUGCGCAACAUCCACAACACACUAAAGAGCAAGAUGCAUGGCAAGGGAAAGGACAAUCGCUUCCUGUCACCGGAUGGCUAUCUGGGCUCACCUCGCAAAGGCAUGAGGCGCAUCCGUCAACGCAGUAACAGUGAUAUAACUAUCAGUGAGCUGGACGUGGAUGGUAAUGAGGGCUGGUCAUUCUCUGGGUGGACACCCAUGCACCGGGAGUAUGGCAGCACCUCAUCCAUAGAUAAACAUGGUGUGUCAGGAGAGAGCUUCUUUGAUAUGCUCAAGGGGUACCAGUCCUCUGAGGCCCCUGAUCAGCGAAGCCCAGCGCCAGAGAAGCUCACAGAGCUACUUACCGUGGCCCCAACAAAACAGACUGCCCUUGACUUGCCAGAUGGACCAUUAGGUCCAGCCAGAGGUAGUCCUGCCAGCCGACUGAAGGAAAGAGAGAAGCACUUGAAGAGGAGGUCAAAGUCAGAGACAGGGGGAGAGUCAAUAUUCCGUAAACUGCGCAGUGUGAAGGUGGAGGGUGACUCAUCGAGGGCUGGCUCAGAUGCUGAAGACGGAGGGAAAGGGGAUGAGAGUGGCCCACCUCCCAAACCCUGGGCAUGUCAAAAAGGCUUUGCUCAUUUUGAUGUCCAGUCUCUACUCUUUGACCUCAAUGAGGUAAUCCAUAGUCGGCAGUCUGGGUCCAAACGCAAGAACACCACUACCGGUGCCUCGGCUGCUGCUGCGGCCUCUGCUUCGGCCACAUCCUCCCUCUCCUCCAAUCAGAGUGGAGUUUACGGGUCACCCUGUGGUUCACAAGAGGAGCUGAGCAAGGAGGGAGGGACCAGCCCUGUCUUGGACCCUGGUGAUGACAAGAGUAAUGACCUGGUGCUCAGCUGCCCUUGUUUCAGGAAUGAGAUUGGUGGAGAGAGAGAGAGGAACAUCUCUCCACCUAAACAGCAGGGCAGCAUAGGUAGUGGUGGUAACUCAAGCAAUUCUUCUGGAAGUACAGAGGAAGGACCUUUGGAUGCCAUCCUCACUACUCAUUUUACUAACGCUGGUGUGGCUGUGUUGGAGGCUGCCAAGGAUGGGCCAAGCCAACAUGCUGACAGGUCCAAACGUUACAUUAUGGAACAUGUUGACCUCGGCACCUAUUACUACCGAAAGUACUUCUACCUCAGAGAACACUGGAACUACCUGGGGGUAGAUGAGAACCUGGGCCCAGUGGCAGUGAGUUUGAGGAGAGAGAAGUUGGAUGAACACAAGGAGCAUGGCCAGCAAUACAACUUCAGGGUCAUCUUCAGAACGAGUGAGCUGAAUACCCUGAGGGGCUCCAUCCUGGAAGAUGCAGUACCUUCCACAUCUAAGCAUGGUCUAGCUCGAGGCUUGCCCCUCAAAGAGGUGCUGGAGUACCUGGUGCCUGAGCUCAACGCACACUGCCUACGCCUGGCACUCAACACACCUAAGGUCACUGAGCAGCUAAUGAAGCUGGAUGAGCAGGGGUUAAGUUUCCAGCGGAAGGUGGGGGUGAUGUACUGCAUGGCAGGCCAGAGCAGCGAGGAGGAGAUGUACAACAAUGAAUCGGCUGGUCCUGCGCUGGAGGAGUUCCUUCAUCUACUGGGGGAGAGGGUUAGACUCAAAGGCUUCACCAAGUACCGGGCCCAGCUGGACACCAAGACUGACUCGACGGGCACCCACUCCAUGUACACCACUUACAAAGACUAUGAGAUCAUGUUUCAUGUGUCUACCAUGCUGCCAUACACACCCAACAAUAAGCAACAGUUACUCCGGAAGCGUCACAUUGGGAAUGAUAUUGUCACAAUCGUGUUCCAGGAACCUGGUGCGCUCCCCUUCACCCCCAAAAAUAUUCGCUCACACUUCCAGCACGUCUUUGUUGUUGUGCGUGCUCACAACCCAUGUUCCGACAACAGCUCCUACAGUGUUGCUGUCACCCGUUCCAAAGACGUGCCCUCUUUUGGCCCUCCUAUUCCAGAAGGUGUGGCUUUUCCCAAGUCCUCUGUGUUCCGGGACUUCCUGCUGGCCAAGGUUAUCAAUGCAGAAAAUGCUGCCCACAAGUCAAACAAGUUCCGUGCCAUGGCCACCCGAACACGCCAGGAGUACCUGCGCGACCUGGCUGAACGCCACACCACCAGCACACCCAUCGACCCCUCUGGGAAGUUUCCUUUCAUCUCACUGGCCCACAAGAAAAAAGAGAAGAGCAAACCAUAUGAAGGGGCAGAGCUGCGCAGCCUGGGGGCCGUGACCUGGCUGGUCCACGUUGAGGAUCACGGGACCGGAGGGGAACUGGAGGCCCUCCUUUCUAUCUCCAAUGACUUUCUCAUCCUGUUGGACCAGGAAGCCAAAGCCGUGGUGUUUAACUGUGCUACUAAAGACGUGAUUGGCUGGACGCUGGGCAGCCCUGCAUCUUUGCGGAUUUUCUACGAGCGAGGAGAAAGUGUGUCGCUGAGGAGUAUCAGUAAUAAUACUGAGGAUUUUAAAGAGGUGGUCAAACGUCUAGAGUUCCUGACGAAGGGCUGCGAAACAUCAGAGAUGACACUUCGUCGAAAUGGCUUGGGUCAGCUGGGCUUCCACGUCAACUAUGAAGGCAUCGUGGCUGAGGUGGAGCCAUAUGGUUACGCCUGGCAGGCAGGACUGCGGCAAGGAAGUCGAUUGGUAGAAAUCUGCAAAGUUGCUGUAGCAUCACUGACCCAUGAGCAGAUGAUUGACCUCCUGCGGACCUCAGUGACCGUGCGUGUUGUUAUCAUCCCGCCACAUGAUGACGCCACUCCGCGCAGAGGCUGUUCAGAGCUCUAUCGGAUGCCUGUGUCAGAAUACAAGGGGGGCAGCAGCAGUGAUAGUGGCUCCUUCGAAUACAAGUUCCCCUUCCGCAGCAACAACAACAAGUGGCAGAGGACCUCCAGCAGCCCUCAGCAGUCACUGACUGCCUCGCCACAGCCUCACACGCCCAACCGGGCCAUCAGUUUGGGUAGCUCAGUGGGGAAGACCCUGUCAGCUGAGAGGUUGGAGAGGGGCGCAGCCAUCCCUCGCAGUGUCAGUAGUGAUGGUCGGCCCCUGGACACCAAGAGGAUGUCUCCGGGCAGUGAGAGCUAUAGCCUGGCCUCCUCCUUGGCACUGGGGCGUUCCCCUCACAAUCGCAGCUCUCCCAGCAACCUGUCCUGUUCCAGUGACGCCUCCGGAAGCUCUGCUCACUGGAGACAGAAGUCCAUGCCUGAGCAGUUUGCAGGCAGCCGCCACUCUCCAAUGUCUGGGGAGAGACGAGAGGUGGUUGGAGAGGGCGGGUCCAGUGGAAAGUCCACUCCCAAUUGGUCGAGAAUGGAGGAAGGCGGAGGAGCCGAACGAGGCUCAACAGAGGCCCCAGUCUCCAAGUCUGGUCAAGGCUUUUCUGGAGCUCCCCGCAUCCAGAGGCAGGAGCAGGUCAUCCACCUCUCCCCGAAGAAGGGCAGCCAGUCUGACGGCCCUUACUCUGGGCACUCCAGCAGUAACACUCUAUCCAGCACAGCUUCCAGCGGGGGACACAGUGACAGCGAUAAAUGGUACGAAAUGGGAGCGGGUGGAGGCUCCAGCGGUGACCAGGGUGAGCCAGAGCCCAACGGCCUGGGUGGAGGGGGCUACCUGCAGGGGGCUUCAGCCGACAGCGGCAUCGACACUAGCUCUUAUGGAGCCUCCCACCACACACACUCCCACUCUCAUCACGGCAGCACCACCUCCCUGCUGGCUCCCAGCGGAGGCAGGGAAAGCAGGGAGCGGACGGUGUCCCCAUGGCACAGCCCCACCGAGGGAGGACGCAGGAUGCUGGAGAGGUCGCCAGCUGCAGCCGAGUCCCCGGGCCCUCCAGCAGAAAGGAGCCAGGACGGCACAGGCCGAACCCCACCUACCCAUCUCCUUGUUAGAGACAGCAGUACCUACAGUCUGAGUGAGGCUGGAUCACACUCGAGUGCCAGGCACUCAGGCCACAGCUCCCCAAGAGACGAGUCCUCCCCUUCAACCCCCUCCCCCUCAUCCCAGUCCUCACCAUCCCCUGGGCCCAAGAGCUUCUACCCCCGCCAAGGAGCUCAGUCCAAGUACCUGAUUGGUUGGAGGAAACCCGGUUCCACCAUUAAUUCUGUUGACUUUGGAGACACACGCAAGAAGUCUCCAGGAGAGAGUGGAGGGGACAUUGUUCCAACCCCAGCAGCCAGGCCCUCUCUUCGGGAUAUGCACUCGCCUCAGCCUCAUGCUAAAUCUACUAUUGAGGAAGAUGUGAAGCGACACAGUGCCCCAGACAGCCCUCCACCGCCACGCAGACAUAAGGAAAAGCACCACCAGAAAUCACCACCAAGCCAGCCUCUCAGCCACCGUCGCUCACUGCAUCGCACCCUGUCUGAUGAGAGUAUCUAUCGUGGCCAGCGCCUUCCUCCUUUGUGCGACUCAGUGGCUGACCCGGCACUCAGUGGUGAUGUUCUCUUCAGCUGCUCCACCCUCCCACGCUCACCUACAACCCGUGGAGUUCCCCUCCGACGGCCUUCAUAUAAGCUGGGAGUCAAACUCCACGGUGACCUUUCAGCAUCUGACACCUCAUUGGUGGAUUUGGUGGAGCGCCAUCGUGGACCCCUCCCUCAGGAGCUGAUGCCCCUCCCGUCUCAAGACAGGGACAGCCCCCUUGAGUGGACACACCUGGUGGAUGUGGCCAGUACAUUUGAGAGUGAAAGAAACACACACUACGUCCAGAGAAGUUAUGUGUUUGGAGAUUCAAACCACCGAAAUAGUGGCGCCUCCAGUCCCCAACAGACCCACAUAGACCUGCAGCCUGCUCCACUGUCACGGCCCUCAUCUAGUGAGGGUCACAUAGGGCUGGAGAGGAAGGUGACUAAGCUGGAGGCCAUGGUGAAGAUGCUCCAGGAGGACCUGAAGAAGGAGCGUGAAGAGAAGGUCCGACUUCAGGGUCAGAUCAAGAGGCUGUGGGAGGACAACCAGAGACUGCAGGAGGAGUCCCAGACCUCUGCCGCUAAGCUCAAAAAGUUCACAGAGUGGGUCUUUAACACCAUCGACAUGAACUGACUCCGACUUGCACAUUUUAACACACACACACGCACACGCACGCACACACACACACGCACAUCACACACAGUCUGGACGCAGAGGGGGAAGACACUGUGCACAAGAACAGUGGAGACUUGUUGUUGGACUCAAUUAGCCUGAUGCUGAACCUUCUGACCAUCUUCCAUUGGCUUCAGACAUCGGCGGCUAAUAUUGUCUACCAGCCUCAGUCUCCACUGAGCCCACUGUUAAACCUCUCAGGAUGACACACAAGAAAAAUUGGCGUUUUUCAUCAGAUUAUGAAGGACUGACCUCUACUCUCCAAUGGGACCACGAGAGGGUUGCUGAAUUGAUGUUUCUCUCAUCUCGCUGUGCCAAAAUAGUUUUUGCAAAAUUGCCAACAAAGAGGAAGCUCUUCUCCUCCCUCCUCUUUCUCAAGAGGUCAGCCAUGCUUUCUUUCUCUGUGGAUGUGCAUCUCUUUUUUCUUAUGUUGCCCAGCUUGUCCUAAAAGGUGACUUAAGUCCUUUGUGCUAAACCAAACCCGCCACAGCAAAGGGUAGCAGAGACAUCCAUGUGACUUUAAGUAAAAACGUCUCUGAAAAUGCCAAGCAAACUCAGACGGGUACACAACAAAUCUGCCAGCCCACACACACACACACACACACACACACACACACACACACACACACACACACACAGAGAGAGAGAGUAAUGAAUGUGAAGUUUCAAGACCACGGGAUACAGGAGAGGUUUCCAUUUCCUUCACAUGUAAAUGGAAAGAAUUUUAGUGUUGUUCUCUCCUUAAAGCCAACGACAUGGAAGCAGGACAAUCUGCCUCUGAACAGGAGGGAAACAUGGAUUUGUACAGUGUUUAAAAAAAAAAAACUUCUCCUCUGUGUCACUCAGAUUGGGAUUACAGAAUCCUGUCUGUCUCUACAGCACAAACCCACACCUGACAGAGGAGUAUAUUUAUAAGCCAUCGGCAAGUGGUGCCAUUAAACAUAACUGAUAUCCAGAGUGCUUUGGUCCAGCCCAAUUGUAUGUGUCUUAAAAGCAAUAGGAAGGAGUCAUGACUCCUGUCUUUUCAAUUAAAGGGAGAGUUUGCUCUAAGAAGAAGUUCAAUUUGUGAAAAGAUGUUCUCAAAGUUGUUACACUUAGAACAUCAGCCUCUGCUGCACAAGAGCCUCCCAUCUUCUUUCUUUGAAGCAGCGGAAAAGUGAAGAGAGGACUCUACUCACCAUCCCACUGUCUGGAAUACAGAGAGCCAGCUCAUAAGAAAUGACAGACGUUUUUUGGGAGGGAAACGUAAGAGGGGACUUUUUUCCCAGGUUAAUUUAUUUCCUUGUAUUAUAAUUCCAAUAAAUAAGUUGUUUUAUUCGUACAGUACAACUGGCAUCAGUGUUUAGUUCCUCAAGAAAAAGAUCACUAGCUAUGUUAAUUUAAUGGCUUUCUUUCUUAACUAUAUGCUUUUUAUUCUGUAUAUGUUGUAUUUUGUGGUGCCCAAGCCUGCUGUCAUGUUGCUUACAGUGCCCUCUAGUGAACAUCAGUGGAAAUGUCAUGAAUAUUAAAUUUGCUCACUAAUUUUUCCCACGCCUUUUUAACAACCAGUCAGACGUCGACCGGGAGGCAACACAAACACGGAUUAGGAAAACAAAACCGAAUUCAACUUUGAGAGACAAUCAAAGCUUAAAGUAAAAUGUUGAUUUUUGAUGAAGGGCG